AUGCAUAAAGACAGCUCAUCGUCGUUCUCCGCAGAGGAGGUCGUUGCGCCUGGAAAAUCCCCUCAGUACAUGCAGCUGCCCUCGCCAGUGUACUUUGUGCGGUGGGUGGACGAGCGCCACGCAAUUAUUGGCGCUGGUGGAGGCGGUAGGCGUUUUGGGAUGGCGAAUCUUCUCGCGAUUAUUUCAGUAGACUCUACGCAAGGGCCGUGCGGUACUUCUUCCAGUGGGAAGCAGCAACAACGGACACCGAAGAAGGAGCCACUGCCUCCCACAAUUCCCUGGAAUUUUGUCGCGGCCAUUGACAUGGAGGGGAACAUCCCAUGGUGUGCUUCCACCUUUUUGAUUUGUACGGACACGACACAAGUUGCUCGUGGCGUGGUGGGGUACAUUGCGGUGAGUCACAUCACAUGCUUCACACUCGUUGAGGUGUAUGAAUGCUGCAAGGCAAACACACUCGCAAUGCGAAGACUCGCAUGCAUCGAGGUCCCAGCAGAUGCAAAGAACCCUGACAAGAAGCCCAUUGCUCUGGUACAGGGCGCCUUAGUUGUUGCACACGACGAAGGCGGUGUGUAUGUCUACGGAUUACACUCCCUUGUGCAACGCGCGCAUUCGACCGAGGAAGAAAAAACAGUACGAAGAAAAGUAGAGAAGGAGGCGGAGGCGGAGGCUCAGAACGUGAGUCCCUCUUCAUCUGCCAGCGGUGAAGCACAAGAUGCCGUCUUCGAGACACCGCGAAUAUUACAGGAGGCAGAACCCCUUGCUGUCUGGCCGCUACCGGCGCGUCUGAACGAUCUUCAUGCUAACCGAUUCUUUGUGCCUAAAAGAAAACCGGGAAUAGAAAGGUCGAGGAAGCGACAUCACUCGAAUCACAUGCUCAUUGUAGCUCUAGUUCAGGACAAGACACUUCGAAUUGCCACAAUGAAGCUUCCUCGGAGACAUAAAACGAUUUACAAGGAGGAGAAUGGAGAUAUAAAAGAGGGGAAAGUUACCACUUGUCUUGUAGACGCGUGUAUGUUUACCGGGAAGGACUGUCGCAUUCCCUUCUCGCUCAUGAAAUCUUCUAUGCGACUGGUGCAAGUAUUUGGGGUGGAAGAUGCGGCUCCAUCCAAGGCAGAGCUGAUUUGGUUAAAAGCACGCCGUCUGCACCGGGAAACGGGUGUCCGAGGCGCCAUGCCCAUAGCGAGUUUUAUUGUUGUGGUCUAUGAUGUGUUGGGAAAUCAGUCGUACAUGUUGACGGCUCGAGUGUCAAGCACGGCCAGUACUCGCAAUGAAGUUUCCUUUUCAAAGGAUUUUGAGCCGGAGAGCAAUGCCGGAAAGAAACCCUCCAAUCGGCUUGCACUCCAGGUGUGCUUUGCCCCUCAGCCUUCACCUCUGGUAAAGGAAGGCAUUACUUCAAUUAGCGCAUGCCAUUACCGCAGGCCUUGCCAUGAAUGUGACGCCGUCAGUGGCGAAGGGGUUGGCACCGUCGUUCCUUCCUACUGGCUGGCCGGAACUGUGGAGGGCACUCUCGCUUUGAUUGUCCACGCCGGUGAUGGCAAAUUUCAGACCGCGUUGAUUCGACCGUCCAAAAACAAGAGAGAAGCUAGACAAUUUCCGGCUUUACACCGGGAGCCCAUUUCUUGCGUGGCCGUUUCCCAAAUAAACGAUGUUUUAACGACGGAUAUUGCGCAGAACGUUGUUGUGUCGACGCUACCGUUUUGUGAAGAGCCGCAAUUUGCUUCAUCACUGUGCGAAAAGAAAAAAAGCGUCACUUCUCGUGUGCCAUGUCGCGAGGGCAGGAUGAAUUUUUCCGUCGAUGACGACAAGGCUGUUACCUGUGCAGGAAGCGACGCAAUAACUGCGGUGGCGGAUCCCACGUUGUUUGCUGGCGACGGGAAGGAAAUAUUUGUACGGCCGAAGUGUGUGGCUCUUUCACUUUUUCCACCAAAACAGGGGUCCACAUCGUCGCUGUUGCCCUUCCUUGCUUUGGCCGCUUCGUUUGGCGUUCGGCUGUUGGUGGCUGUGGUGAUUGUACCGUCCAUUGCCAUGCUGAUAGCGUACUGGUUUUCGUAG